UCGAACGGUUCGAAAUCAAUCUUUUCAAUCACAGAUUCCACUAUUAAACGAACAUCCUCUUCCUUUUUACUUCCCGCAAAAUUCCAUAACCGUUCGCCGGAGCUGGAGCUGGAGCCGGAGAAACAAAAUAAUUCCGCCUAGCAGACGAGACUCUAUUUCUUCCAACUUAUUAUACUCUGUUUCAUACAUUGAAACACAAAUCCAUCGGAAGAAAAGAUCAGGCUAUUUACAAUUUUACAGUAAGAAGUUACAGUAAUUAGGUGUUUUUUUGGCGAUUUUACUGCCAUGGGUGCGGUAGAGAAUGCAAUGGUUAACAAAGAAGACAGAAUACCGGGAGAAGUGAAGGAAAUGUUGAAGUCAAUAGCUUCAAAAUGGGAGGAUGUGGUUGAUGCAAAUGGGUUGCAGAUUAUACCUCUCAAAGGUGCUAUGACUAAUAAGGUUUUUCAAAUAAAGUGGCCCACGAAAACCGAGGAUGGUUCGCAUAGAGUUCUUGUAAGGAUUUAUGGUGAUGGCGUAGAUGUUUUCUUUGAUAGAGAUGAUGAGAUCAAGACUUUUGAAUUUAUGUCUAAACAAGGGCAGGGUCCUCGACUUCUUGGAAGGUUCUCAAAUGGGCGAAUUGAAGAGUUCAUACAUGCUCGGACGCUAUCAGCAUGUGAUUUGCGUGAUCCAGAUAUAUCUGCUCUCAUAGCAGCUAAAUUAAAGGAGUUUCACGGUCUUAAGAUGCCUGGUUCGGAGGAUGUUUUCUUGUGGACUAGGCUGCGAAAUUGGCUGAAAACAGCCAAGAGUAAGUGCCCUUCUGAGAAAGCCGAGGCCUUAUGCUUGGAUGCCAUUGAGGGGGAAAUUUCAUUAUUGGAGAAGGAUCUCAGUGGGGAUCAGAGAAUUGGUUUUUGUCAUAAUGAUUUACAAUAUGGCAACAUUAUGAUUGAUGAAGAGACUAAAUCAAUAACGAUAAUAGAUUAUGAAUAUUCAAGUUACAAUCCUAUUGCUUUUGAUAUUGCAAACCACUUCUGUGAGAUGGCUGCUGACUAUCACUCUGACACACCCCAUCUAAUGGACUACAGUAGAUACCCUGGUUUGGAAGAGCGUCAAAGGUUUGUGCGUGUAUAUCUGAGUUCUUCAGGUGAUCAAGUCAGUGACGCUGAGGUGAAGCAGCUUCUAGAUGAUGUUGAGAAAUACACACUUGCUAGCCAUCUGUUUUGGGGCUUGUGGGGUAUAAUAUCGGAAUGUGUUAAUGAAAUCGACUUUGAUUACAUGGAAUAUGCAAGACAGAGGUUUGAACAGUACCGGUUAAGGAAGCCUGCACUUUUGAGUUCAUUGAGGGUGUGACAACUGAUGACUGCAUUACCUAGUUUACAAUUAGCUUUCCUGUUUUCAGUUAAUUCUAUUGAUGUAGUUGUGUACAUAAACCUUUUCAUUGUUGUUUUCUCAAGCUGAGUGAUAUUACUUUGUUAAAUAAUUUGAAUUUUUUGUUGUUGUUCUGUGAAACAAGCUUUACUUUGUAAUUUCUUACCUAUGAUAGUUGUUAUUUCAUUAUUGUUCGGUAUAA